GACCACACGCAGACGCAGACGGUUUCGCUCUACACCCAGGAUUCGCGUCUCAUCGUUCCUCCGAAUCAACGAUACACACAAUGGCCGACAUAUCAUGGCACUACGUUCUCAAAUUCAUCAUCACAGGUGAUGCGGCCGUUGGCAAGUCCUCGCUGCUCAUACGCCUCACCGACCAGCGUUUCCUCACAAAUCCAGAUCCGACAGCGUAGAAUUUGGCUCAAAGCUCAUCACGAUACCCGAAGAAGACAAAGUUAUCAAACUGCAAUGCUGGGAUACGGCCGGCACCGAGUCUUUCCGUUCCAUCACGCGCUCUUACUACCGUGGUGCCGCAGGGUGCUUACUGGUGUACGAUGUCACGUCCCGACAAAGCUUCCUCAACGCGCGAACAUGGCUUGCUGACGUCCGUGCCCACGCCGACCCACACCUAACAUGCAUUCUAGUCGGCAACAAGAUCGACCUCUGCCCACCCGAGCCCGAACCCGAACCCGCACCCGAAUCCAUGCCCGAGUCCGAAUCCUCCGACACCACCGCUCCACGGCCUCUUGAAACCUCCGCCUCCGCACCCCCACACAGCACACACGACGCGUUCGGGCCUGUGCCCGCACGGCGGCGACAAGUUCCCGCGGCCGAGGCCGCCGCGUGGGCGCGCGAAGAGGGCCUCCUUUUCGUCGAGGCGUCAGCCAAGUCCGGGUCAGGCGUGGACAGGGCGUUCGAGGACGCGUGCAGGGAUAUUCUGGACAAGAUCCGGAGAGGGGUAUUCGAUGAUGAACGGGUGAGUGUGUGACUUUUCGUUAUUCUCGAUGCGGAAAGAGACAAAAAAAAAACAAAGAGCAGAGAGAACACGGGUAUCAGAGAGAUGGGGCUGAUUGAUGGGGUUUUUCGCAGUGCAGAUGUACUGACGAAUUGUUUUGCUUUUUUUUUCCGAUGUUGAUUCUUCUGUUGACUUGUCCGUGGCCGUGUCUGCGCUCGAUGCACGCUGUGCCGCCCUCCCCCACCGUGCUUCUCAAACCGUGCACCGCUGCACACGACCCAUCGCACCGCACCUCGCCGUCCUCUGAAUGCCGGACUCGCCCUCGUUUCGCACCGUGCACGUUCUUCGGCAUGAUGGCUUGAUGGCAUGACGCGUUCCCGUCCCGCGCGCCGGAUCUCUCUCUAUCGCCCCUCCGCCGCCGCACGCGCGCCUGCUCGCCUGCCCGCCUCGGCUUCGUUGACGCCAACGCCGGCACCGGCGGCCCCUUCUCCCCCUCCCCCAUCCGCUCGCAUCUCCCCCUAUCUGCCAUCUGUGAUCUCCCGCAUCGGAUCUGCCAUCUGCGAUCCAUCGUCGACCCGUCGUCUGCCGUCUGCCGCCGGCGCAUUGCGCACUGUGCGGUGCUGUGCGACACGGCCAUCUCGUGGUAUCUCGUCGUGCUGCGAUCUCUGGGCCUGAUGAUUCUCGAUCGCCUGCCGCCUGCCGCC